CGCAUAUCAAAGGAUCAGUUUAGCCAAUCAGGUUGGUUCACAGCUGCGCGCGGACAGUCGGAACUAUUUAUGAGGACCCGAAGCCGCUCCAGACGCACAGUAACCUUUUAACUCCUUGUGCAUGGGGCUGAUUAUCUGACACACAAACGCGAGCACAGUUUGGACAUCAUCUAGACCUCCUUGGAUAAAUAACUAUGGCUUCGAGUGGCAGUGAGUGUUCGGGGAAAGCCGCCCAGUACCGGGUGGACCAUCUGCUGAGCGCCGUGGAGAACGAGCUGCAGGCUGGAAGCGAGAAAGGAGACCCAACAGAGAGGGAGCUGAAAGUGAACCUGGAGGAGGUCGAGCUGUGGCAGAAGUUUCGAGAGCUCACCAAUGAGAUGAUUGUAACGAAGAACGGCAGGCGCAUGUUCCCCGUGCUGAAAGUGAGUGUGUCUGGUCUGGACCCGAGUGCCAUGUACUCGUUCCUGCUGGAUUUCUCGGCGGCGGACUCGCACCGAUGGAAGUACGUGAACGGGGAGUGGGUGGCGGGUGGCAGGCCCGAGCCUCGCACCUCCAGCUGUGUAUAUAUGCACCCAGACUCUCCAAACUUCGGAGCGCACUGGAUGAAAGCUCCAGUCUCUUUCAGCAGAGUUAAACUCACCAACAAACUCAACGGGGGAGGACAGAUCAUGCUGAACUCUUUACACAAAUACGAACCACGUAUCCACAUAGUGCGGGUCGGAGGGCCACACAGAAUGAUCACCAGCCACGCUUUUCCUGAAACCCAGUUCAUAGCCGUCACUGCAUACCAGAAUGAGGAGAUCACUGCACUCAAAAUCAAAUACAACCCCUUUGCCAAAGCUUUCCUAGAUGCCAAAGAAAGAAGUGAUCAUAAGGAAAUAUUGGACGAAGUCAGUGAGAAUCAACAGUCUGGCUAUACACAAUUGAGUGGCUGGUUUCUGCCAGGAAACGGAUCCCUCUGUCCUCCUGCAAACUCUCACCCUCAGUUUGGUGGCGCUCUGCCUCUGCCGUCCUCUCACGGUUGUGAACGUUACUCCACAUUAAGAAGUCAUCGCUCCUCACCUUACCCCAGCCCCUAUCCUCAUCGAACAACCUCCCCCACUGGUUACUCAGAAAACCCUUCAGCUUGUUUGUCCAUGCUGCCCACUCAUGAGAAUUGGUCCAGUCAACAGAUAUCUUCUCACUCCAGCAUGAUCUCAAUGGGCCAACACUCUCCCCCUAACUCAAACUCUAGUCAGUACACCAGUUUGUGGAGUGUGGGAAACACUCCGCUGACUCCAGUGUCUCAGACAGGUGGAAUGGCGAGCAGCUUAGGCACCCAGUACCUCCGUGGUUCUGCCCCUCAUUAUGCCAGCAUGCCACACUCGGCUUCAGUACCCAAUCCUGGAUCUCCACUAUAUGAUGGCACACCUUCCACAGAGGUACACCAAGCAUCUCCAUACGACAGCACAACCCACAUGCGACUGGCUACAGCCUGGACACCCAUCACACCUCCUUCCUUAUAGACAGCAGAGCACUGUGCACCAACUUCCCAGUGAUCACAGGUUUCUGAACUAGCACUCAGUCUAUGCAACAGCACAAAGAUUUGAAGCCUGGAUCCUUAUGUUCAAAUGCAUUGAACUGAGCAAGUUUAUUAUGCAGCAGAAUGUUGGGGUGAUUAUAGGCCUUGUCUGGAGUGUAUAUAUUACUGCUGCUUCCAUCAGUGCCUUGAGAAUUGUUUAAUAUGAGCAACAGUUUAUAAUAUUCCAUGUGGGAUUAUUUAUAGUUUUCUAAUAACAUGGUGAAUGUGUUCUGUACAGACAAUCAUUUGUACAAAGUGUAAAUGGAUUUAUUAUCACCUCAGGAUUUUGUUUUCAGCAUAAAUCUUUCUUAUCAUUUUUAUUUGUGAAAUCCACUCAUCUGGAGCUGCACAAUUGCAUCGGCGGUACUGAAUCUUAAUUAAGAAAUAAAAAAUGAUUAACUGAUUAAGACUGGUUACAAAAAGACGGGAAAAUAUGUAGUCAGAUGGACUUUGCGUUUUAUUUCCCUCAAGAUAACCAUUUUGCACACAAUCGAAAAAAGCUAAAAUAAAAAUGAGAAAAUAAAUUUUCGACCUGACCUAAUGUCCUACAAGGUUGAGAGAAUACAAAAAAAAAGGAUUCUUUGGAAUUUAUUAGCAAAUUAGUAAAACCUACCUCAACAUAUUUUUGUUAAGAGACGUUCAGCCUUGAGAAGCAAUGGGGAAACAUCAUUUUACAAAGUCUCUCCUGCUUACUGAAAAUGGAGUCAAAUCCCACAAUGCAGUUCAGUAACUUGUCCAUCUUCAAACGCAGAUAGUUCUAAUGCUGACUUAAACUGUG